CUUAAUUUUCAACGUUUAAAAAGUGGAUAUGAGUUGAAAAGUAUAUAUCGAAAAGAAAUGCAAUGAGCUGAAACUAGGCGCAUUUAAUUUUUUGAUUUCUUAAUAUUUAAAAUACAUUUAUUUUUUAGUGAAUCAAGUUUUACAAUACGCCAUUUUGUUCUGUCUUGCAAACAUUGCAUAGAAUUCUUGAACGAAAAGGUGCCAAAACCCGCGGUUAUUUUGAGUUUUAUUUUAAUAAGUUUUCAUAAACGCCAAACUUCCUAAAAUGAUUGAUGAAAUUUGUUUAAAUACUCUUGUGUGUAAUGUCGUAGCAAAGAAUCGUUUCAGUCAUUGCAGGUUAUGUCUUUGCCUUCUUCAAGACCACUACGUACGAUUCACCGACAAAGUUUCAUUGGAUACUGAAAAAAAUAUAUUUCAGCCACUUAGUGAAGUUCUUAUGAAAUUACUCGGUCAAAAUGCUUGCGACGAAGUCCCAGGUAUCGAUGCGUUGUGUACGUCGUGCGUCGACAAAGUUCUUGAAACUGCAAGAUUGAUGGAACUAUAUGAAAAGUCUACUAAUUUUAUCAACAACGUAUUCAGCAAUCUCUCCAAUGCAUUAAAUAUGGAAAUAGAUUCAGAUAAAGAAAAUCAAGAUUUGUUCAUAGUUGUUGAAGAAAACAAUUCACAAUUACUUUGGAUGAAAAAAGAAGAAAAGCGGAAGAAGAAAAAGUGUAAUGAAAAUCAAUAUUUUCAUUGUGACAAUUGUAUUGAAACUUUUAGUAAUAGCUCAGAAUUAAAAGCUCAUAAUUUAGCUGUACAUGAUAUUUUCACAUGUGACAAAUGUUACAAUACUUUCCUAAGUGACUCCGAGCUCAUACUACAUGAGAGUACAGUGCACAGAUACCAAUGUCCUGACUGUUCCCAAUGGUUGUCAUCCAAGAGAGAAUAUAGUGAACAUCAUGAGAAAAUUCACGGCAUUGUGAUAUGCCAGGAUUGUGGCAAGAUUUGCCAUGGUACAGAUAAAUUAAAUAUACAUGAACAAAAACAUAGCCAAAAAUUUUCAUGUCCCAAAUGUAAUAAAAAGUAUACAACUAGAGAUUUUUACACAAAACAUGUCAAACUAUGUAUCAAAGGUCUUAUUGACCCGCACCCGACAAGAAAUAAUAGAAAGGACUACACAUGUGAGAAGUGUGCCAAAGCGUACGGCACUCCCGGAGGUUUACGAGUACACAAUAGAUUUGUGCAUGGCAAUGCCAAGCCUCAUAUUUGCAAUGAAUGUGGCAAACAGUUUACAGCUCCUAGUUAUUUAAAAAUUCACAUGGUUAAACAUACAGGUGAAAAGAACUUUAUAUGUGAUUUAUGUGGAGGCAGAUUUGUCUCCAAGGAAGCAUUACUCUAUCAUACAAGGAGACACACCGGAGAGAAACCUUACAGUUGUAAGAUUUGCAAUGAAAGAUUUGUCAAUGCCUCCGCUAGAGCUGAACAUAUAAAGUUCAAGCAUAUAGGCCCUACUUUAAUGUGUGAUAUUUGUCCGAGAAAGUUUGUCACACCGCAUUUCUUGAAGCAGCAUAUAAGCAGGCAUCAUGACCCAAGUAGCAAACUUUAUUACGGUAGGAAUACGAUUCCUCCGGACAUGCCCGGGGAACUGAACAUGAGAACUUUUAAAAUUAAUUCAAGGAAAUGAUAAAUGUUUGGCUCCACAAUGUGUAAUUUGAACAAUUUGUUAGUAUGCAGUUCAACUUAAAGCUUGCUACACACCUUGAGUUUUAACUUAACAGUCAAACUGUACAGUUCAAGUUGAUGGUGUCUAGUAGGCUUAGAAGAUGGUGUAAUUUAGUUUAGUAAUUUGAGAUACAUUAGAAUGAUAUCUCCUUACCUGUGGUUUCAUGUCAUAAAAUUCCCUAUUUUUGCAGUUUCCAGCAGUAUAUUCUGUUUUAAGUGUUUUUUUUUAUUAUUGUUGUCAUUCAUUAAUAGAAGUAUUUACUAUUGUUAAGUAUUGAGGCUGCUUUUAAAAUAGAAAGAUAUAAUGCAUGAAAUAAAAAUGUGCCUUAUAGCCUGUUGAAUAUAUA